AUGGAUGUUGUAUCGGGUUUACCUAAGACUUCGGCUGGUUAUGACUCUAUCUGGGUAAUUAUGGACCAAUUGACUAAGUCAUCGCACUUCCUUCCCGUGAAGACUCCUUAUUCUAUGGCUACGUAUGCACGAGUGUAUCUGGAGAGAAUUGUUAGUCGUCACAACAUUCCUGAAGAAGUUGGCGAAUGGAAGUUAGCAGGACCGAAGUUAUUUCAGAUCACUUUGGAAAAGGUUCCUAUUAUCUGCGAGCGACUGAAGAUAGCUUUCAGUAGGCAGAAGAAUUAUGCAGAUCCGAAGUGGAAGCACGUGGAGUUCAGUAUUGGGGAAUAUGUGUUCUUGAAGGUGUCCCUUAUGCGUGGUGUGAUAUGGUUUGGCAAGAAACACAAGUUGGCCCCUUAUUAUGUGGGACCCUCUGAGAUUAUUGACAGGAUUGAAGAGGUAGCAUACAAGUUGGACUUGUCGCUGAAUUUCUCAUACGUGCAACUGGUAUUUCAUAUAUCCAUAUUGAGAAAGUACAUUUCGAAUCCAUCGCACGUGUUGCAGCCUCAAUAUAUGGAAGUAAGUGAAGACUUGACCUACGAAGAGUAG